AUGGGACUGGCGCUGUACCAGCAGCAGAGCAUGCAGUUCGCUCUCGCUCAGCAGCAAUGGGCCGCUUGCAGCGGAAUGCUGUGGCCUGGAGCCAUGUCCAUGCCACUGGUGCCUCCGCAGGCGGACACGUUUCAGAUGGACCCGCGUGGUAUCUCGAUUGCCGCAGCUCUUCCGGGCAAGCGGCUGACAGCAUCCGCCGGGGCCAGCGUUAGUGGUGGGGCAGGCUCCUGCCAGCUCAAGGCACGGUGGCGAUGGGGAGCAGCUCUCGCGGCCAGGCCUGGUGGAGGACCACCCGCGCCCUCUGCGCCCGCAGGCGCUGAGGUGCUCGAAGCUCGUGAAGUCCGUGGCGGCCCGCGCGAGAGCGAGCGCGCAGCCCGGAGGGCCCCCUGCCCGCCUCGGUGGCUUCGUCGGAGCCCCGGCGCCCGAGAGGCUGGAGGGCGGCGCGUGGGAGGCGCCGCGGUCGGGCGCGGGCCCGUUCCUGCUCGGGGAGCUCGCGGCGCCGAGCGGCGUGCGGUGGGCCUACCCGCUGCGGGACGAGUCCCGGCGCAGCUUCGCGGGGCACCUGCCCCGCCCCCUGCCGGCGGAGGUGUGCGCCGCGUAUUUCGAGGAUCGAUCCUCGGCGGUGUUCAGUGGAGCCAGCCCAUGGGCAGGAUCGGGCCGAUCCCUAGGAAGACUGCGUGGUUGGUCAGCGCGGGUUGCCAGUGCGCCUACAGGUACGGGAGCUUGGAGGUGACUCCCCAGGAGUUCCCACCCUGGAUGUUGGGUCUGAUGCGGCAGGUCAUGCCACUCUGCGGCUUGGCCGGGCCAGAGGACUUCCCAAAUUGCUGCAACCUCAACUUGUACGAGGGAGGCGGCAACUCAGUGGGUUGGCACUCGGACGACGAGGCCCUCUUUCAGGGGAAAUUCUCAGAUUGCCGCAUCAUCUCCCUGUCGCUUGGCGUAGCGCGCAGAUUCGAGUUGCGCCUGAACUGGCCAGAGCCUGGUGAGAGAGCCACGGUGUAUUUCUUGGCCCUGCGCGUCUCGCUGGGCGACGGUGAUCUGUGCACCAUGGAAGGCAUGACGCAGAAGCACUUGCAGCAUCGGGUGCCCGCGGAGACAAAUGUGAGCGGUGCCCGCAUCAAUCUUGGAGUCGUGAGCGUCUGCAACCUCAGAAGAGUCCUGAGUCAGAGGUAUGCCUCGAAUCUGCUGCAAGCUCGAUCCUUAUCUGCCUGUUCAAAGCAAACCUGUUGCGCUGCCGGGAAUGUCUGG